AUGAGUGUGCAACUAGCAAAAUAUGAUAUUGUUAAGGAGGUUUGGGACCAUUUGAAAUGUUUGUAUGCUCAAUCUAAUUUUGCAAAACAGUAUCAGCUGAAGAGUGAUAUUAGAGCUCUCAAACAGAAUAAUAUGACUAUUCAAGAAUUCUAUUCAUCGAUGACUAAUUUGUGGGAUCAAUUGGCUAUUAUAGAAUCUGCUAAAUUAAAAGUUGUCAAAGCGUACACUGAUCAAAGAGAAGAGCAAUGUUUGGUUCAAUUUUUGAUGGUACUUAGGGAUGAUUUUGAGGACCUUCGUGGGGGUAUUCUGCAUCAUAAUCCUCUUCCUAAUGUUGAUUCAGUUUUUAAUGAAUUAUUGGUAGAAGAAACCAGACUCAAGACACGCUCUAAUUUGAUUUCAAAUAAAGGAGUUCUCUCUACUCCUCAAUCUGUUUUUACUGCUCCAUUUUACAAAGGAAAACCUCAACGUAGGGUUGAGUUUGUGAGUAAGAUAAAUUUCAAGAGUCCAUCAUCCAACGUUGUUGCUGCUUUUACUACCAUUGGCUCUGGUUCUAAUCAUGUAUAUCCAUAUGAGACUACUCAAAUAUAUGAUAUUGUAGAGCAGCUCCAAAAGCUUCUUGCAACUCAGUCAUGUGCCAUGUUUGCCUCCUCUGUUAAAGGCAUUGGUUCUAUCUUCACACCUAAUUUAUCAUUUUCUAAUGUCUAUUAUAUUCCUAACCUCACUUUGAGUCUUGCUUCUGUUAGUCAAUUUUCAAAACUCACCCAUAUUGAUCCUUUUGGUCAUAAUGAUAAUGUUUAUAGUGAUUGUGAUUUUGAGAAUUUCAUAACGGAUACUACUACUACUCCAGAGGCUGACAUCCCUCUUGUCCCCACGACUUUCCAAGAACCUCCUGUGGUUGUUGAUCCUCCACCUCCCCGUUAUCCCUCUCAUGGCCAUAAGUCUACUCAAUUGCCUAGUUUUGUCUAUUUAACUUACUCUGCUUCUUUUGCUUCUUUUCUAACCUCUAUCCAUAAUUUGUCUGAGCCUUCUUCCUACAAAGAGGCUAUUCUCAACCCCCUUUGGCAGCAGACUGUGACAUAA